AUGGCCCCGUUUAAGAAGUUCGACGCCGACACUGUCCUAACGAGCCGAGAUGUUCCGGCUUUAUAUCAUUCAAUGCUGGAAUUGGCCAAGGAAUUCGCCGUCCUAGGCCAGAUCAAAACAGCAAAAUCAUUGACAUCACUCCUCCUCUCGCAAUACUCCUCUAACUGGCAGCUCCGGCAAGUCAGUUCCCUCAAGUUUGCCUUUGCGGAAAUAGGUGAAUGGCCCGACCAGAUCCCUCAAGAAGAGAGGACGGAAGAAGCGUUGAACGAUCUGGCCAAAAGUAUCACCUCGGACUUUGGGAAUGAGAGCGACGCCGAGGAGGAUGACCCGGCGGAGUUGGGUGUGCUCCUAGAGACUGCUAGAGGCAGUGAUGCUUCCUCAGGAGGCGCGGCCAUGGAGCGGAGCAACGCGCUUGCUACCGCUCUGGCCAUGACCAUUAGGUUGGCAUCUAAGCAGACAUCUUCUAUUGAGGAGAUCGAGGCCGAUCCAAAGGUCCAAAAAGCCCUUGGGUAUAUCGGCGUGAGAAUGCACAGCAACAAGGCCAUCGAUUGUCUCACUCAGCACCGCACGAACUGGCUUCUUCUCUCUACCAGUGCCUUGGCUCGGAAAAUCCCGGUCGACAUGGCCAAAGUCGAGGCAUUUGGCCAAGAAGUUGUCGACACUUUUACCGAGCGCAUGAAGAAUGGGCGUCGUCCCCAUCCGAGGGAAGACAAGUCAAUCAAGGAACUUCUUGACGAGUUGGACCGCAACACAAGAGCCAACGGCACAAGCCAGUACGAAGCGAUGGGGGAGGAGGUGCCAGGAUCUCUCUUUAUUCUACCCCCUGCAACAGAUGAACAGAUAUCGGCUCUCGAGCGCAAGCUCGACGUCGUUCUUCCAGAUGACUACAAGGAGUUUUUCAAGAUCAGCAACGGGUUUGGUGGCACGUGGAACGGCUACUACCUCGAACCCCCUCUCCACGGAGUCGACGACGUUGAUUGGGCAGAGUUUUAUGGUGAUAUUCUUCCGAUUGAGUUGCAUGAGACUCCAACCGGAAACAUGGAUCUCGACCUCCGGGGUGGGAGAGAGUGGCCAACCUACGGAAGGCCAAUUGAGCUCGGAACCUGGGAUGUCCUUGAAGCAUUGUUCAUAACACCACACGACACUAAGAGAGCUAUCGAGGCAUACAAGGAGUGUCUGGAGAGUCCAGAGACACCGGAUGCUUUAAAGGAGCACACUCGUAAACUCAUUGCUUCCAAGUAUGGGAGCUGGGAGGCGUUUGAGAAGCUCGAGUGGGUUGCGAUGGACCAGCACGAUGCCGACAGCGUUACCCAUGGUACAUUUACGCAGUUUCUGCAAGAAAGGGUCCGACAAUCGGAGAUGGGCAGGUGGCAGGGUCAAGGCCAGAGGGAUCUUGCAAGUUUUGCAUACUCAUACAUGGCCGACGAUUCAUGA